AUGGCUACAAGAACUUUUUACCAAUGUGAUCCAGUUGCACAGUACUCUAGCGCUUUUUUCUUUCUUUUUACCUUUUUCUUUCUUUUUGCCUUAUAUCUUUCUUUUCUUUCUUUUUGCCUUGUAGCUUUUUUCUUUCUUUUUGCCUUGUAUCUUUCUUUUUGCCUUGUAUCUUUCUUUUCUUACUUUUUGCCUUGUACCUUUUUUCUUUCUUUUUGCCUUAUAUCUUUCUUUUCUUUCUUUUUGUCUUGUAUCUUUCUUUUCUUUCUGUUUGACUUUUACCUUUUUUCUUUCGUUUUGCCUUAUAUCUUUCUUUUUUUUCUUUUUGCCUUGUACCUUUUUUCUUUCUUUUUGCCUUGUAUCAUUCUUUUCUUUCUUUUUGCCUUGUAUCUUUCUUUUCUUUCUUUUUGCCUUGUAGCUUUUUUCUUUCUUUUUGCCUUGUAUCUUUCUUUUCUUUCUUUUUGCCUUGUAUCUUUCUUUUCUUUCUUUUUGACUUUUACCUUUUUUCUUUCGUUUUGCCUUAUAUCUUUCAUUUCUUUCUUUUUGCCUUGUAGCUUUUUCUUUCUUUUUGCCUUGUAUCUUUCUUUUCUUACUUUUUGCCUUGUACCUUUUUUCUUUCUUUUUGCCUUAUAUCUUUCUUUUCUUUCUUUUUGCCUUGUAUCUUUCUUUUCUUUCUUUUUGCCUAGUAAUUUUUUCUUUCUUUUUGUCUUGUAUCUUUCUUUUUGCCUUGUAUCAUUCUUUUCUUUCUUUUUGCCUUGUAUCUUUCUUUUCUUUCUGUUUGACUUUUACCUUUUUUCUUUCGUUUUGCCUUGUACCUUUUUUCUUUCUUUUUGCCUUGUAUCUUUUUUCUUUCUUUUUUGCCUCGUACCUUUUUUCUUUCUUCUUGCCCUCUACCUUUCUUUUCUUUCUUUUUGCCUUGUAUUUUUCUUUUCCUUUUCUUCAUUUUGUUUAUUCCAAAAUGUGCCACUUCUCGUUUUUCUAUUUGACCCUUAUUUUCUGUCUAUCUGUCUAUCUAUCUAUCUAUCUAUCUAUCUAUCUAUUAUUCAUUCAAAAAUUAUCACAUAA